ACUUUGAGCAAUGUCAGAUGCCACUGGACUUGUUCUGAAACUCUUAUCCUAGAGGAUGGCCAAGGGGCUCCUGGUGACCUAUGUCCUUUGGGUUAUAGGGGGCCCAGCUGGGCUCCACCACCUGUACUUGGGAAGGGACAGUCAUGCCCUGCUCUGGAUGCUUACCCUGGGGGGGGGUGGACUGGGCUGGCUAUGGGAGUUCUGGAAGCUUCCAAGCUUUGUAGCUCAAGCCAACAGAGCCCAGGAGUGGAAGCAGAGCCCAAGAGAGGGCAUACCUCCUCUGAGUCCCAUUCGUUUUACUGCUCAGAUGAUCGUGGGCAUCUACUUUGGCCUCAUGGCUCUGAUUAGCCUUUCUUCCAUGGCCAACUUCUAUAUUGUGGGCCUCCCACUGGCAGUUGGCUUAGGGGUCUUGCUGGUGGCUGCUGUUGGCAAUCAGACCUCAGACUUUAAGAAUACUCUUGGAGUGGCAUUCCUUACUUCCCCUAUCUUCUAUGGCCGACCCAUAGCCAUCCUGCCCAUCAGCUUGGCUGCCAGUAUCACAGCCCAGAAGCAUCGCCGCUAUAAAGCUUCAGUGGAGUCAGAGACGCUCAGUGUGCGGCUCUACAGGCUGGGCUUAGCUUACCUGGCGUUCACAGGCCCACUGGCAUACAGUGCCCUGUGCAACACAGCUGCCACCCUCAGUUAUGUGGCAGAAACUCUUGGCUCCUUCUUGAGUUGGUUUAGCUUUUUCCCCCUUCUUGGCCACCUCAUGGAGUCUGUCCUCCUUCUGCCUUAUCGGAUUUGGUGUCUAUUGGUCGGAGAUCCUGGCUUCAACAGCAGCUAUUUCCAGGAGUGGGAGAAGCUCUAUGAGUUUGUUCACAGUUUUCAGGAUGAGAAGCGUCAGCUGGCGUACCAAGUUUUGGGCCUCUCAGAAGGGGCAACAAAUGAAGAAAUACAUCGGAGUUACCGAGAGCUAGUGAAGGUCUGGCACCCUGACCACAACCAGCACCAGACAGAGGAGGCCCAGAGGCACUUCCUGGAGAUACAGGCUGCAUAUGAAGUCCUGAGUCAGCACAGGAAGCCCAGGGCUUCCAGAAGGUGA